AUGCAGAGCACCAUUUCCGGAAGCGAAGGAUUCACCGACUUGGAACAAAAGGAAGAGGCCUUCAAGAGACAACGGAAGUUGGCCAUGAGUAAUGUGGAGAUCAAAAGUUAUGCAAACGGACAUUUACAGCCUGGUUCCACACACUUCAAGAAACCUGUCCACGAACAUUUGCACAAGGGUGGUCCCGUCAAGCAAUUGACUGUGCCCAAGAAGAAGACUGCGGGUAGAAACAACACCGGUAAAAUCACUAUCAGAGGUAGAGGUGGAGGUCACAAGCAAAGAGUCAGAUUAGUGGAUACCCACAGACUCGUUCCAGGAAAGCAAACCGUGCUCAGAAUCGAGUACGACCCUAACAGAUCAGGCCAUAUUGCCUUAAUCAAGCAUUCCGAGACCGGAGACUUGUCAUACAUUUUAGCAGCAUCGGGAUUGAGAGAAGGCGAUGUUGUUGAGUCCUUCCGUUCUGGAUUGCCCCAAGAUUUCAUUCAAGAAAUGAAAGAAACCAAUAACGGUGAAAUUGAUGAUGCCUUAUUGACAUCCAGAAUCAUGCAAAGAGGUAACUGUUUGCCAUUGCAUAUGAUCCCAGUUGGUUCUAUUAUUCACAAUAUCGGAUUGCAUGCCGGAGGAAGGGGCCAGCUUGUCAGAGCAGCCGGUACUUUCGGAAGAUUGCUCUCCAAGCACGCAGACAAGAAUAAGGCCAUUGUCAAGUUGAGUUCUGGUGAACAGAGAUACGUCAACUUGGACUGCCAUGCAUCCUUAGGUGUCGUGUCCAACAAGGAAUACAAAUCGAUCUCCUGGGGUAAGGCUGGUAGAAGUCGUCACAGAGGUAGAAGACCAAUGGUGAGAGGUGUGGCCAUGAAUGCCUUUGACCAUCCACACGGUGGUGGUAGAGGUAAAUCCAAGUCCAACAAGGUUUCCCAGUCCAUGUGGGGUAUCAAGAAGUUUGCCAAGACCAGAAAGCACAAGCAUGUCAACAAGAUGAAGGUGAAGGAUAGAAGAGAGUGA